AUGGAGUUAGUUGAACAAAGGGUUCUGAUAAAUGAAAAUGGAAAUGUUCCAGAUUGGCAUGCUACCAUAAAGCGACUAAGCUUCCAAAAGCGAGUGUGUUCAAAAUUUAUUCCACAAAAAAACAAUAGGGAAUGUUGUGGCUGUAAUAACCCUGCGCAUACGGGCACAGCGCCAGAAUAUUAUGAAAAAUGGUAUUGGGAAAAACACACCGAACCCAAACCGUCGGAAUGUUACGGAACAUUUCCUUAUUCAAACUGUCCUGUAUGA